AACGGGUAUGAACAUAGUUAGUUAUCACGCUGAAACACGAAGAAUACCGACAUUUUUUGGAUACCAUUGUUUUAUGUUUUUAGUUUUCAACUUGUGUUUGUAUAAGUUACAAGUGUAGUGAUUGUCUGUAUAGUGUUGAUGACAGGGAAUGGAAGAUAAAUUUACUUUACUUCGGAAAUAUUUCCUGUGUUAUACAUUACACUAGUAACUGAAAAUGCAAAUAAAACGAGAUGCUUCUACGGCGAGUGCCUUUACCAAGUUCCGAUUGCUUAUGUGGAAAAACUUCUUGCAACAAUGGCGACAUCGUUGGCAGACACUGAUCGAGUUAAUACUUCCAGUCGGCACUAUGGCAUUAGUCUUGAUCCUGCGUAUGGAAAUAGAGCCCGUAAAUCGAGAUGUCAUGAGUUAUCCACCCAUUCCCGCGCACACCUUUAACUACUCCUUGCCUGUCCUAACGGGCAUGAAUAUAACUGAAUUGUCUAUAGCAUACUCGCCGACAAGUCCAGUGCUUGAGGAUGUUAUGCGCACAGCAGUCGUUGAUUUGUUUAUUUUAAAUAUAAAAGAUAUCAUAACGCUCAUACUAGACCAAAUUUCGGAAUUUCCAGAUAUUCCUAUAGAAAUUCCACCUGAUUUAAAUUUCAAUUCGACAUUGAUUUACGAGAUAGCGAAAUCACUUGUCAAAGUGCAGGCGUACGAUAACAGUCAUGACCUUAGGGGCAUUUAUAUAGAUGAAAUAUAUACUCGAAAAGUUUUGGCUGCCGUAGAGUUUGACGAUGAUCUGUUGGGAACAACGGAAUUGCCAAAGGACGUUAAAUAUGCUUUGCGUUUUCCGGAAAGGCCUCGCUUGAAUUCAUUCCUUGCGAUGGGCGGAUUGACUUGGCGUACAGAUGAUAUCUUUCCAUUCUUUCAAGUUCCUGGACCGAGAUUUCCAUUUUCAUGGGAAGGGGGUAAUGAUCCAGGAUACGUGAACGAAUUGUUUAUUGCUCUACAGCAUUCCAUUUCAAUGGAAUUAGUUUCUCGACUGACAAAUACAAAUUUGAAAAACUUUACCGUCAACAUACAAAGAUACCCUCACCCAAGCUUUGUAGAAGAUUUGGCUGUUGAAGCACUUAAUUUUAUAUUUCCUAUGUUCGUGAUGAUCAGCUUUAGUUACACAGCUGUUAAUAUAGUUCGUGCUGUUACUCUCGAAAAAGAAAAUCAAUUAAAGGAAAUUAUGAAAAUCAUGGGUCUACCCACAUGGCUGCAUUGGACUGCGUGGUUUUUUAAACAGUUUAUAUACAUGUUUAUCAUAGCAGGACUCCUUGUAAUGCUUCUUAAGAUUAAUUGGUUUACUAAUGAAGAGGGAUUUAGUGACUAUGCAGUAUUUACGAAUACGCCAUGGACGGUGCUAUUAUUUUUUAUUACCCUCUAUUUAACAUGUAUGGUGUUCUUUUGCUUCAUGCUUAGUGGAUUCUUCAGCAAAGCAAGCACGGCAGCUCUUUUUACAGGAGUUAUAUGGUUUUUAACAUAUGUACCAUCUUUUCUGCUCAGUAUGGAAACAGGAAUUUCCCCAUACGUUCAAGCACUCACUUGUUUGACUAUUAAUUCUGCAAUGUCAUACGGUUUCCAAUUACUCAUUUCAGAGGAAACCUUAGGCGGUAUGACAUGGGGAAACUUCUUCAGCACACAUACGCUGGAUUCGAAUAGAUUUUUGUUUGGUCACGUUGUAAUUAUGCUGGCGGUAAAUUGUGUGCUUUAUAUGCUAAUAGCUCUAUAUCUGGAACAAGUGCUGCCUGGACCGUGGGGAACGCCACAACCGUGGUAUUUUCCUUUCCAAAAAUCCUUCUGGUUUCCAUCGUCUGUGGUUAAUUCAGAUAUAUCAAUUGACAAUAUUGAGACAAGUGUUGUGAAUGAAGAUGAACCUAUUGGCCAUGAGGUGGGAGUGAAAAUUAUCAAUUUAACAAAAGUGUAUGGAAAGAAUAUUGCCGUGAAUAAUUUGAGCCUUAAUAUUUAUGACGAUCAAAUCACAGUUUUAUUGGGUCACAAUGGAGCCGGAAAGUCCACAACUAUUUCCAUGUUAACGGGUAAUGUUCCUAUAACGAAAGGUAGCGUAUGUUUGGCGGGAUAUAAUAUUUCACAUCAACUGCAAGCAGCUCGUGCUCACCUAGGCCUUUGUCCCCAACAUAAUGUUCUAUUUAAUGAACUUACGGUGCACGAACAUUUGGAAUUCUUUGCCAGGUUAAAAGGUUUUAGCGGUAAAGAGUUAGAAACAGAAAUAAACACGAUAAUUGAAAAAUUGGAAAUGCAGGAAAAGCGUAACUAUAUAGCUGAAGGAUUGUCGGGUGGUCAAAAGAGGCGGUUAUGUGUUGGUAUUGCAUUAAGCGGUGGGGCUCGUGUAGUCUUAUUAGAUGAACCGACGUCUGGUAUGGAUCCUGCAUCUCGUCGAGCUCUAUGGGAUCUUUUGGAAAAAGAGAAAAAAGGUCGAUCCAUGAUUCUAACAACACAUUUCAUGGAUGAGGCUGAUUACCUCGGCGAUCGAGUCGCAAUAAUGUCAAGUGGAAGUUUACAAUGCAUGGGAUCUCCUUACUUUUUGAAGAACUAUUAUGGAGUAGGUUACACUUUAGUUGUAGUUAAGAGCGAAGGAUUUCAAUUAAAUGCUUGUACCCACAUAAUUGAUAAAUACAUAGCUGGUACCGUUCCCAAAGACGACGAUGCCGUUGAAGUAACGUAUAAAUUGCCAACUGCAUUUAGGCACGUUUUUGAAGAUUUACUUAACGAAUUGGAACAGAAUGCUGAUUCUAUUCAUUACAAAAAUUAUGGUUUAAUUGCAACCACACUGGAAGAUGUGUUUAUGUCAGUGGGUUCUGAUGUUGAAAUCACAUCAGUAUCGGAUGACACCGCUACUAUCGGAGACAGUUGUGACGAUUUGAAAGACCAUGGAUUUGAUGCGUCUUCUGUUGAGCAUUUGGACAAAAGCAAUGAAAAGGAAACCGGAUCUCGUUUGCUAUGGCUGCAAGUGAAAGCUACUUGGUAUAAGCUCUUUCUGGUGUGGUCUCGGUCCUGGGGACUGCUUAUCUUGCAAAUUCUCGUACCUGUUCUGCAGAUUAAUAUCAGUUUAGGAAUAACGACAUAUAUUCUGGUUAAUAGAGCUACCGUGAUACCUAGACUGUUAUCACUAGUGCAAGGAUAUGCAUCAACAGAAACUAUACUAUCAUUUAACGGUACUGAUACUUAUUCUCUGGGUGGCUUGGCAAAAGCGGGUUAUGAGUUAAUAUACCGUACUGCAGGUCUUGACUCUAUGGAACUAAUCGAUGCAGAUGGCCGACCUACUGAUGAGUUUUAUUUAAAUAUGACUGAAGACCCUGUUGCAAUGGGUGUCCUUCGCAACAAGAUUCUAAUUGGCGCAACUUUUAACGAUAAUUCAGCAACAGCUUGGUUCAGCAACUUUGGCUACCAUGACGUUGCUACGUCACUAGCUACAGUACAUUCGGCUUUGCUCAAAGGAAUCGAUGCUGCUGCCAACCUUACUGUAUACAAUCAUCCAUUGGAAGCUAAUUAUAGGGAUGACACUAAUAUGCAGCUUAUGCUGUCACUUAUGUCCAUGCAAGUGGCCACAGCCAUAGGCAACAGUUUAGCGAUCGCAAGCGCCGUUUAUAUUAUGUUUUACAUUAAGGAACGUGUGAUCCGCGCGAAGCUGCUCCAGCGCGCCGCGGGCGUGCAACCGGUAGUGAUGUGGGGCGCCGCCGCGGUAUUCGACUGGGUUUGGUUCCUUAUACUCAGCGUCACUGUUGUCAUCUCGUGUGCCGCUUUCCAGGUCGUCGGGUGCAGUACGGUUGAAGAACUGGGUCGCAUGUAUUUAUGUCUGAUGGUGUACGGCGCUGCUAUGUUGCCUCUUCACUACUUAUUUUCGCUAGUCUUCAAUGGGCCAGCUGUUGGUUUCGUUCUUAUGUUCUUUGUGAAUAUACUUUUCGGUUUAAUGGGUGCUCAGAUAGUAGAAACGCUCCAAUCUCCGGUCCUCAAUACUGGCCAAGUGGCCACCAUCAUGGAUUACAUACUCCAGUUCUUCCCAUUGUACAGUCUCGUUACAUCUGUCAGAUCACUUAACCAUAUUGGCAUGACGGAGUAUUCCUGCCUGGAGUUCUGUGACUAUUUACUAUCGACAUUCCCUAACCUGCAAGAGUGCACAAUGCAAACCCUUUGCGAUAACAUCUCUCAAUCUUGUUGCGUCCGUGAGAAUCCGUACUUCGACUGGGAAGAGCCAGGAGUCAUGCGUUACCUCUUGAGCAUGGUGAUUACUGGUGUUGUGCUCUGGGUCCUUAUGUUCUUAUUGGAGUACAAUCUGCUACAAAGAGUUUUCACAUGGAGUAAGCACCCUCCAGCGUUCGACCCCCAGGAGCUAGACCCAGACGUCGCGAGUGAGGUAGAACACGCACAACGCACCUCGCCCGAUAAACACAGGCUGCUAGCGAGAGGCCUCUCCAAGUACUAUAAGAAAAACCUUGCGGUUGACCAGCUCUCUUUCACUGUUGGUGAAGGGGAAUGUUUUGGUCUGCUUGGUGUGAACGGAGCUGGCAAGACUAGCACCUUCAAAAUGUUGAUGGGAGACGAAUCGGUCUCAAGUGGUGAUGCUUACGUUUGCGGCUAUUCUGUUAAAACUGAUCUAGGAAAGGUUUAUGAACAUAUUGGCUAUUGCCCGCAAUUCGACGCAGUGUACAGCGAGCUGACGGGCCGCGAGACGCUGCGCUUGUUCUCCACGUUGCGCGGCAUCCGCGAGCCGCACUGCACUGCGCGUGCGCUUAUGUUGGCGCACGCUCUUGGAUUCACCAAACAUCUCGAUAAACGCGUGGAUCAGUACUCUGGCGGCAACAAGCGCAAGCUGAGUACGGCGCUGUCGCUACUGGGCGGCGCGCGGCUCGUGUUCGUGGACGAGCCCACCACGGGUGUGGACCCCGCCGCCAAGCGCCAGGUGUGGCGCGCGCUGCGCUCCGCCAGACGCGCGAACACUUCGUUCGUGCUGACCUCGCACAGCAUGGAGGAGUGCGAGGCGCUGUGCUCACGGCUCACGGUUAUGGUCCGCGGACGCUUCCAGUGUCUCGGCUCACCGCAAUACUUAAAGAAUAAAUUCUCUCAAGGAUUUACUUUGACAAUAAAAGUAAAAGCACUUGACAAUAAUCAAGUCAACACGCCCGUAGUCAAUAGCAUUGAACUCAUUAAAGGCUACGUUAGUAACAACUUCAACAGUCCGAGAUUAAUGGAGGAGUACCAGGGCCUCAUAACAUAUUACCUACCUGACCGGACAGUUUCGUGGUCUAGAAUGUUCGGCAUCAUGGAGCGUGCCAAGCGCGAGUUGCCAAUCGAAGAUUAUAGUAUUCUGCAAACUUCACUGGAACAAAUUUUCCUGCAGUUCACAAAAUACACACAGGAAGACACUCCAGAACAAACCUCUUUGUGAUUUACGGACCCUUUACAUUUCCUGCCAUCUGAGUUUAUGGUCUCAGUACAGUUUUUUAAAUGGAAUUUAAUUUCUUGUAUUUAGGUGGGCGUUUCUAUCUGUGCCACAACUUAUUUCAACCUUAUUAAGAAGGUUAUGUAAAACGUAUUUUGAGUUAUCUUAAAUAUGCCAGUGACCUUUGUGUACAAAUGUACGCAAAAAAAUGAAUUAAAUCCAUGACCGGCACCCACAUGACAAAUAGAUUUUGUCACUAAUAUUUUUUAUCAAUAAGUAUAAAUUAGAUAUGGGAUAAUGUGUAUUUACUUUCGAUCAGUAGUACAAAUUUUCCAUCGGGUCACUUACAAAAUCAAUAAUAAUUAUAGGCGCCUGACAUCAUACUUUAUUCAUGUACACAUUAUACAUAACAUUACACAAAACAGUUUUAAAUUUAAUCUUAUUACAAUGCACGCUUACUACCAUCGCAUACCUUGUAAUAAAGUCACAAAUUGUAAUACUGCUAUCUAAACAAAAUAAGACGCGCCUCUCAAGUAGGCAUAGGUAGGUUUUCCAACGUUACAUACGACAUGUUAUGUUGACGAAGGUAUUAAGGAUAUUUACGUUACUACAUAGUUAAGUUAACGCACUAUUUCAUACACGUU